AUGACCUUAUUUAUAGCAGAGGCGCCGGCAGCAGCAGCAGCACCAGCAGCUGAAACUGCAAAAUCUGAAACACCUAAAAUACAACCACCGUCCACGGCAGUUGCACUUGACCAUGAUAUCCUAUCUGGGAAAGUGCUGGCAACACCAGCUGUUCGUAGAAUUGCCAUGGAAAAUAAGGUCGAUCUUAAAAAGGUAAAAGGCACAGGCAGAGAUGGACGGGUUUUGAAAGAAGACGUUUUGAAGUUCCUUGGACAAGUCUGCGCGGAUGAACUUAUUGCUGUACGCAAAAUGCUCAAGGAACUGGCAGAAGAAAGAGGAGUUAAACUGAGUUACAUGCCGUUCUUCAUCAAG